AUGCACAGCUAUUCAAAGGUCGGUGGCUCGUCCGAUUUUGCUGCUCGCUACCCAACACGCAUCUUGGUCGGCUAUUGGCUCUACUCGUCUGAGCCCGAGCCAGACCAACACGCCGUCUACGGCAUCCUCAGCAGGGACGGCAAGCUACGCUUCAAGCUCGUCUCUGAGACACGCGACGGCAAGAAUAUCCGCGGCAACUACCCACCUCCCUCAGAAACAUGGCUCAUUCACGAAGAGAUUGUCCUUCUCCCUCAUCUUCACGACCUGAACCGCCUGGGCAUGAAAGAGUACUGCCGCGAGCGGGGUAGGCAAAUUACCAACGGCGAAGACCCCGCCGACAUCGAGGCCAACGUGAAAAAGGCCGUCGAGUACGCCGAACGUGUCUCAACCACCGGCGAAGGCCAACGGCCGCGCAAUCUCCGCUGGGAGCGUGAAAAGUGCGCCGACCGUCAGCGCGCCAUUCGCAAAAUUGGCACGGCCAGCGCCCAAGCCAAGGCUAUGCACGAAAAGGCCAAUGGCAUCAAGCCCGCCUCACCACCCUCGCACCUGGACCUCUCCCACCCUGUUCAGAAGCCACCCUCACACCACCGCACCUCAUCCACCAGCUCCAGAAAGAGACGAUCUGCCUCGCCUCUCGCCGACGAACUCAAUGCCACCGACAGGGACCCAUACAAAGCUUCGUCACCCCGAGCCCGUGGCCAUCGCCUGCCCAAUGAUCGUCCCACCUCAUCGUCCUUUCGCGCCGCCAAUGUCAAGGUAGACGAGGACACGGAUCGUCUGCCGCCGCUCAAAGCUUUCCGUGCCGUCAACGGUCUCGACGAACAAGAGCGCCUGCCGCCUCUGCACGCCACGCUGGCCGCCGAGGGCAUGGAUCUCGACGACAAGGAGCGCUUGCCCCCGAUUCAGUCCAUUGCGCCCAAACCUGCGCGUCAGCCUCUUCCACAACACCCUUACGGCUCCGCACCGGCGCCGCGCAAGGCCUUACCGACGACGGCUCACAGGAAGAGCAUGUCCGCCGAUGGCAGGACCAUUGUCGUCGCCAGCCCGCCGACAGGUGACGAGGACGAUGAAGAUGGCCCGAGGACGACGGUGGUAAACGGCGUCACCUAUGUGCGCAGAUCAAACGGUUCCUUCAAGGGCAAGCUCGUCUCACCGGGCAAAAUUAUCACAAUUGAGGGGCAGGACUAUGUCGAGUACUGCGUGCUGGCCAAGCUGUCGUUUGUAUAA